GUCCACGCACACACAUAUACAGAGAGAGAGAGAGAGAGAGAGAGAGCGAGAGAGAUUAAAUGUUGCCUGUCUGCUCCAGAAAAUGAUCAAUCCCACAACGAGGCUGGAGGGUCACCGGUUGCAAGAGAGGAUGCACGCCGCUGUGCGCGUCACUUUGCCCGGCUGUGCGUAAAAAAAACAAACCGAAACCGCCUGCUCCCGUUUAGAACUCCUCCAGAAUGAGUCUCGUCUAAUUUCAAGAGGGAUGUGAAGAUCACCGGAGAAGGACGGCGAUUUCUUUGACUGCAACUUCCUGACACGAAGUCCCUGGAGGUUCGUCAGAGCGUGGUCUUUCUCUGAGCCCUGUGGGGAUGGGAACGUGCUUGCAUAAAAGAUGGACUUAUCAAAGCCUCGCUAAAGGUCACAGUCCUCUUAAGGUCAUGCCAUGGCUUGUGGCUCUCGGGCUACUGAUUCUAAUCUUCACGAAUCAAAAGACGUCAGCGCAGAUUACGAACAGCUUCCAGUCAGAGCGGAGGGAGUGGUCGUUGAACCACCUCACUGUGCAUGAGUCCACUGGGGCGCUGUACAUCGGCGCCGUCAACAGGAUAUACAAGCUGUCCGCGAACCUCACGCUCCUGGUGUCCCAUGACACGGGGCCCGAGUAUGACAACAAAGCAUGCUAUCCUCCUUUGAUAGUGCAACCCUGCUCGGAGCCUCUCGCCUCCAUGGACAACAUCAACAAGCUGCUGCUGAUUGACUACUCCCAUAACCGCCUGCUAGCAUGCGGCAGCCUCUACCAAGGGGUCUGCAAACUCAUGAGGCUGGAUGAUUUGUUCAUUCUCGGGGAGCCCACUCAUAAGAAAGAACACUACCUGUCCAGUGACACCCUAACAGGGGCCAUGUACGGCGUGGUGGUGCCUUCGCUGGGUCAGGACGCUACACUGUACAUAGGCACUGCAGUUGGAGGCAAGCAGGACUACUUCCCAACUAUCUCCAGCCGGAAGCUGCCUCGCGACCCUGAAUCUUCUGCCAUGCUGGACUAUGAACUUCACACAGAUUUUGUCUCGUCGCUUAUCAAAAUCCCCUCAGAUACCCUGGCUCUCGUCCCUCACUUUGACAUCUACUACAUUUAUGGCUUUGCGAGUGGCAAUUUUGUCUACUUCAUGACCGUCCAACCUGAGACACCGGAAAACGGGAUGCCUGCCGGGGGCUCCCCUGGCGAUCUCUUCUACACCUCCCGAAUCAUUCGUCUCUGCAAAGGUGACAAGAAGUUCCACUCUUAUGUGUCACUUCCUGUGGGCUGCAUCCACCGAGGCGAGGAGUACCGACUUCUUCAAGCCGCCUACCUAUCCAAGGCCGGCGUGGGUUUAGCAAAAGAGCUCAACAUCGGCACCCAGGACGACGUGAUCUAUGCUGUGUUCUCCAAAGGCCAGAAGCAGUACCAUGACCCUUCUGAUCACUCAGCCCUCUGUGUCUUCACCAUUCAAGACAUCAACAUGUCCAUCAAGGAGAGACUGCAGUCCUGCUACCAGGGGGAGGGGCACCUGGAGCUGCACUGGCUGCUCGGAAAGGACGUGCAGUGCACUAAGGCGCCCGUCCCCAUUGAUGACCACUUCUGCGGCCUGGACAUCAACCAGCCACUAGGGGGUUCUCAACUGGUGGCAGGCCGCACAGUGUACACGGAGAACCGAGAGAGACUGACCUCAGUCAUCUCCUACAGCUACAAUGGACACAGCGUGGUUUUUCUGGGCACCAGGAAUGGACGGCUGAAGAAGAUCCGAGUCGAUGGUUCACAAGAUGGAGUGUUGUAUGAGACGGUGACUGUAGUCAAGGACAACAGCCCCAUCCUGCGGGACAUGGCAUUCUCCCUGGACAAGAACUCGCUCUACGUCAUGUCCGACAAUCAGGUGGCCCAGGUCCCCGUCGAGGCCUGUGAGCAGUACGGUACCUGUGCCGAGUGUCUAAGCUCCGGGGACCCUCACUGCGGCUGGUGUGUCUUGUACAACAUGUGCUCGAGGAGGGAUCGUUGCCCGAGGGUGGAUGAAGCCUACCGUUUCGCCACCGACAUUGACCGCUGUGUGAAGGUCAUUGCUCACCCAGAUAGCAUUGCCGUAUCAGCACACAGCGUCCCCCUUCUGCUGGAGGUGAACAACGUUCCGGAUCUUUCUACUGGGAUCACAUGUUCAUUUGGGAAGCAGGCCAAAGUGGAGGGCCACGUCAAUGGGAACAGGGUCAUGUGUCUGUCUCCGGCCGGAAAGGAAGUUCCUCUGAUACCAGAAGGACAAGACUGGGCUGGCGUGGAACUGCAACUGAACUCAAAGGAGACGGGUCAAAUGAUCGCCAGCACGGAGGUGAAGUUCUACAACUGCAGCACACAUCAAAUGUGUCUGUCCUGUGUAAACAGCACGUUCCGUUGUCACUGGUGUAAAUAUCGUAACAUGUGCACCCAUGACCCGAGCAGCUGUUCCUUCCAGGAGGGCAGAGUCAACGCCUCAGAGGAUUGCCCUCAGCUUCUCCACUCCGGGGAAAUUCUCAUUCCAGCUGGUGAGGUGCGACCCAUCACCCUGAAGGCCCGGAAUCUCCCACAGCCGCAGUCGGGCCAGCGGGGCUACGAGUGUGUGGUGAACGUGCAGGGCGUCAGCCAACGUGUUACGGCGCUGCGUUUCAACAGCACCAGCGUCCAAUGCCAGAACAGCUCGUACACGUACGAGGGUGUGAGGAUCAGCGACCUGGCAGUGGAGCUCGCCAUUGUGUGGAACGGCAAUUUCAUCAUCGACAAUCCUGAGAAGAUUAAAGUGCACUUGUACAAAUGCAGUGCCCAGCGAGACAGCUGCGGCAUGUGUCUGCGAGCGGAGAAAAAGUUCCAGUGCGGCUGGUGCAGCAACGAGGGCAGAUGCACAAUGAAGCAGCACUGCCCCCCCAUCUCUCCGUACGCCAGCCGCUGGCUUGACCUCUCAGCUGCCAACGUCAAGUGUACCAACCCACGUAUCACUGAGGUGAGCCCAGUUGCAGGGCCUCUAGAGGGCGGUACACUGGUCACCAUCCAGGGCCUGAACCUGGGCCUGUCCUUCUCCGAGCUGGAGGGCAACGUGAAAGUGGCGGGGGUGCAAUGCAUCCCUCGAGAGGAGGGCUACAUCACUGCUGAACAGAUCGUGUGUGAGAUGGUGGCCGGCCCUAAAGGAAGUACACCAGGUCCUGUAAAACUUUGUGUCGGUGAAUGUAGACCAGAACUUCGUACUCAAUCCUCCCAGCUUUACUCAUUUGUGACCCCAUCCAUGCUGGCGCUGACCCCAGGCCGAGGGCCCGAAUCUGGAGGCACUAAGGUCACCAUUGUCGGAGACAACCUGGGGGCGGGUAGCUCCGUGAAUGUAUACUUUGGGAAUCAAACCUGCGAGCUGUACAGGAGGACCACUUCAGAGAUUGUUUGCUUCUCGGCUCCGUCUGUGACUGGAGCGGGACAAGUGCAAGUCAGUCUGAGGGUGGACCGGGCAAGGGCUCCAGGUAGUCUGUCCUUUGAGUACAUAGAAGACCCCACUGUCCAGCGUAUUGAGCCGCUAUGGAGCAUUACAAGCGGCCACACCACGCUGACUGUUACCGGGACCAACCUGGAUGUUGUUCAGGAGCCGCGAGUCCGAGUCAAAUAUGGCGGCCACGAGUCUGUCAAUGUAUGCAAGGUGCUCAACACGACCACCAUCAGCUGCUUUGCCCCGUCACUGCAAUCAGACUACAACGGCCAACAGGAGAGCAUCAAGCAUGUGGACGAGUUUGGCUUCGUUUUCAACAAUGUCCAAGCUCUGCUCACCUACAGCAACACCAGCUUUGUCUACUAUCCCAACCCCUACCUGGAGCCACUCAGCCUCUCGGGCAUCCUGGAGCAGAAACCGGGUGCUCCCAUCAUCCUAAAAGGCCGUAACCUGGUACCAUCAGCAUCUGGCGGGGCGAGGUUGAACUACACCGUGUUGAUCGGAGACACGCCCUGUAUCCUCACAGUGUCCGACACACAGUUACUCUGCGAGCCGCCCAACCUCACCGGCCAGCACAAAGUCCUGGUCCAAGUGGGAGGACUCCAUAUUUCUCCGGGAGAAGUCCACAUCCGGUCCGACAGCCUCCUCACACUCCCAGCCAUCAUGAGCAUCACAGCCGGAGGAGGGCUGCUUCUCGUGGUGGUGGUCAUCGUUCUGCUCGCCUACAGACGGAAGUCGCAUGAAAAUGACCUCACUCUCAAGCGCCUGCAGCUGCAGAUGGAUAAUCUGGAAUCUCGCGUGGCUUUGGAGUGCAAGGAAGCUUUCGCUGAGCUGCAGACCGACAUCAACGAGCUAACGAGCGACCUGGACCGCGCUGGCAUCCCUUACCUGGACUACCGCACUUACGCAAUGAGGGUUCUCUUUCCUGGCAUCGACGACCACCCGGUGCUCAGAGAACUGGAGGUGCCGGGGAGCGGACAGGCAGGCGUGGAGAAAGCCUUGAAGCAGUUUGCACAGCUGGUGAACAACAAAGUCUUCCUCCUGACGUUCAUCCGCACGCUGGAGUUGCAGCGUUCAUUCUCCAUGCGGGACCGCGGCUACGUGGCGUCGCUUAUCAUGACGGCUCUGCAGGGGCGGUUGGAGUACGCCACGGACAUCCUCAAGCACCUGCUCUCAGACCUGAUCGAACGCAACCUGGAGAGCAAGAACCACCCAAAACUGCUCCUACGGAGAACAGAGUCAGUGGCGGAGAAGAUGCUGACAAACUGGUUUGCCUUCUUGCUCCACAAAUUUCUCAAGGAGUGCGCUGGCGAGCCCCUCUUCAUGCUGUUCUGUGCCAUCAAACAGCAAAUGGAGAAGGGACCCAUCGAUGCCAUCACUGGCGAGGCGCGCUAUUCCCUCAGUGAGGACAAACUCAUCCGGCAGCAGACUGAAUACAAGACGCUGACGCUGAGCUGCGUGAACCCGGACAAUGAGAACAGCCCGGAGAUCGCCGUCAAGGUGCUCAACUGCGACACCAUCACACAGGUGAAGGAGAAGAUACUAGAUGCCGUGUACAAGAACAUGCCCUGCUCUCAGCGGCCGCGAGCUGCCGACAUGGACCUAGAGUGGCGGCAGGGGAGGACAGCUCGUGUGGUUCUUCAGGAUGAAGACAUCACCACAAAAAUCGAGGGCGACUGGAAAAGGCUCAACACGCUGCUGCACUACCAGGUGACCGAUCGCUGUGUGGUGGCUUUGGUGCCUAAACAGAUGUCGUCCUUUAACAUUCCUUCGUCAGCCAGCUUCCCAAGAAGCAUCAGCAGAUACGGUGUGGAUAUGUCCUUCCGCUCCACACCAACCAGCCCCGACAGCCCCCAUUCCCGUGUGCCCAUGCUGACCCCUGACCUGGAAAGUGGGGUUAAAGUUUGGCACUUGGUAAAGAACCACGACCACGGUGACCAGAAGGAGGGCGAACGUGGCAGCAAAAUGGUGUCAGAGAUUUACUUGACCAGGCUUUUGGCCACGAAGGGCACGCUGCAGAAGUUUGUAGAUGAUCUGUUCGAGACCCUGUUCAGUACUGUGUGUCGAGGCACUGCACUGCCGCUAGCCAUCAAAUAUAUGUUCGAUUUCUUGGAUGAGCAGGCCGACAGACAUGGCAUCCACGACACGGACGUUCGCCACACCUGGAAGAGCAACUGCCUUCCUCUACGCUUCUGGGUGAACGUGAUCAAGAAUCCACAGUUUGUCUUCGAUAUCCACAAGAGCAGCAUCACGGAUGCUUGCCUUUCGGUGGUGGCCCAGACCUUCAUGGACUCGUGCUCCACAUCAGAACACCGUCUAGGCAAAGACUCACCGUCCACCAAGCUACUUUACGCCAAGGACAUCCCGCAUUACAAAAGCUGGGUAGAAAGGUACUACGCAGACAUCAACCGCCUGCCUGCCAUCAGCGAUCAGGACAUGAAUGCCUAUUUGGCUGAGCAGGCGCGCCUCCACUCCAGUGAGUUCAACGCGCUCAGUGCCCUCCACGAGAUCUACACCUACGUCAGCAAAUACAGCCAGGAGAUCACCGAGGCGCUGGAGCAGGACGAACAAGCCCAGAAGCAGAAGUUGGCAUAUAAAGUGGAGCAGAUCAUCUCAGCCAUGUGUGCCGAGAGCUGAGACACACACAGCAACAUACAUGCACACACACACACACAUAUUCACACUGUACAUGCAGAUACACGAUUCAAGCAUACGCUGGGGUGAGGAAGAAGAGGAAAAAGGAAGAGGUGCGCACAGCAAGGGCACUCGAUGUGCACAUGCAUCAUGUUUAUGCCUGCACACAAACACAGAGACUAAUGUAUGCAGGGAUGCUGCAAACUUUAUGGACCUAUUGCAAAUGACAACAUGCAUAUGAUAACCUGCAAAAACAAAACAAAAAAAAAACACAAACACACACA